GAAUUGUUUUCUCUUUGUUUUAAAUUUUCAAGUCAUGGACUUGAACCAUGAUAAUGACGUUGUCAUGAAAACUAAGAAAAAGAAAAUAAGAUCAUUGUGGACAGAUGAUACUCAUAUGAUAUUUCUUGAGUUAUGCUUGAAUGAGGUUAGAGUUGGGAACAAGCCAACUGGUUACUUUAAUAAAUUUGGGUAUGAGAAUUUGGAAAAGUACAUGAAAAAGCGUACUGGGAAAACUUUCGACCACAAGCAAAUUAAAAAUCAUUGGGAAACUAUGAAGAAAGAAUGGAAGUUGUAUGAUCGUUUAAUGAGACUUGAAUCUGGAAUUGGGUGGGAUCCCGUGAGAAAGACGAUUGAUGCAUCGGAUGAAUGGUGGGAUGAAAAAAUAAAGGCACUAUCAUCGAGAAGCUCAAUAACUUCUGCAUUUGAGGACAAAUUUGAUAAUGUUAUGCAGGCACUAUCAUCGAGAAGCUCACAAUCGUUUCCACCACAAAACCCGUCACCUUCCACAAAAGAGUGCAUGGAUAUUGUGUUAACCUUUCCUGGUUUUGAAGAAGGUUCAAGGAAUUAUUGUCACGCACUAGACAUUUUCUUGAAAAAGCAAGCUCGUGAAAAUUUCAUGGUUCCAACAAGUGAUUCGGGAGAAACUAUUCAUAGGCAUUUUCAUCUUGUUUUAAACGCGGUACUUAAGUUAAUUAAAGACAUUAUUUCCUAGUGCAAAUUACAACGAAGAAGUACCAUCAGAAAUUAUAAAUUCUCGUUAUUACCCGAUGUUCAAGGAUUGCAUUGGAGCUAUCGAUGGGACACAUGUAAGGGCAUUUGUUCGAGAACACGAGCAACCAAAAUAUAUUGGUAGAAAAGGAUACGCGACGCAAAACAGAAUGGCGGCAUGUGAUUUUAACAUGUGCUUUACGUUUGCAUGGGCUGGAUGGGAGGGGACAACAUAUGAUACUAGAAUUGAAAAUGAAGCAUUGCGUAGGCCCGAAGUUAAUUUUCCACAUCCAAUAGGUGGUUAGUACCAUUCCACGUUUGCUUAAACCUUAUGUUUUGCUUAACUUUUUAUAUAAGUAAUACUAUUUAUUUUAUUCAUUAUAGAUAAAUCAGAGCCAGCUCUGGGCCCGGCAAACCCGUGCCGACGCCCGAGGCCCAAAAUUUCAAAGGGCCCGAAAAGUCUUUAUAAGCUUGUAUAUAUUUAUUAAAUUAUAUAUUUAGUAUAUUUAUCCGUUUAUUAUGCAAAAAAGUAUUGGUGGUGUAGUGGCAAAAACCAUCUCAAAAUAAUGCAAAGGUCUCAAUUUCAAGUCUUUCCUCUAUCACUAAGUUUUACCAGAUUUUCUUCGUGGAAAAACAAUUGCUAGUCGUGCUCCUAGAGGACCUAAAGAGAUAUUUAACUACCAUCAUUCAUCAUUGAGAAAUGUCAUUGAACGAACUUUUGGAGUAUGGAAGGCUAGAUGGGAGAUAUUACAACAUAUGCACGUCAAUUACACCUACAAGACACAAGUGAAGAUCGUGCUAGCAUCUAUAGCAAUUCAUAAUUAUAUUAGAAAAAAAGAUACAUGUGAUGAAGGAUUUACCAGGGCGCAACAAGAAUCUUACACUCCAAAUAAUGGUCGAGGAUCUAAUGACAUUAAUGAAGUAAAUGAAGACACAAGUACA